AUGCUGCGGCACGUGCCGCGGGUGGAUUUCGAGACGUGCGAACGCGUGGCGGCGUACGCGGCGCGCGUCGAGCGAGGGGAGACGCUCGAGGGCGAGGGCGAGAGCGAGAGCGAGAGCGAGAGCGAAGAAACGCGCGAGAACGAUGCGGACGAACCGGGAACGAAAUCGUGGAGGAAACGGACGCUGGAGACGCGCGUGCGGCGAGUGCUUCGGGCGAAGGCGCUCGCGGACGCGCCCGUGGGAAUGCGACGCGCGUGUCGACCGAGAAGCGCGCGCGGUAUGCUCGAGUUCAUGCGCGCGAGCGAAGAUCACGUCGAUGCAUGCGUCGGUGCGCGCGCGUUCGACGACGACGACGACGACGACGACGACGCGCUUCCCGAGGACGAAGGUUUCGUCGCCAACGCCGUGCCGACGCUUCCGAAAUAUUCCGCCACCGCCGAGUGUGUGAGCGCGGAAGCGCUGGACGACAUGAUGAUGCGGUCGAUCGCCGUCAUCAUCGACGCGCGCUCGCGCGUGGGCAAAGCGUCGAUCGAGUAUUCGAUGACGAGCGCCGCCGCGAAGCUGCUUCUCUCCGUCGCCGACGAUUUCACCGCUCGAAUCUCCGUGGACGUGGCCAAGGCCCUCGCCGCGCGAGAGCUCGAGCGCAAACGCGAACGCGCGCGCGCCACCGUGAACGCGUCGGGGAUCAACGUUCCCGAAAUCGCCCACCGCAUCGGCCUCCGCGCCGACGUCGCGCGCGUCGCCGCGCGAGCCAUCAAAAAAUUUCUCGAGCGCCCGCUCGGUCCGCAUCCGCGCUCGCGCUCGAAAACAUAG